AUGGCCCGGCGGUUGUGCUGCUGGCGCGCGCCGUCGCGGCGCACCUCGUCCGCGCCGGACAAGCCCAAGCGGUGGCGGACCGCCCGCCGCUCCGCCAGGGUGGGGCCGGCGCCGCCCGCGGGCACCUCCUCCGGCGCCGAGCAGACUUGGAUCCUGCUCGGGUGCGACGGCGCGGGCAAGUCGACGCUGGCGGCGGCGCUGUGCGAGCGUGCGAGUCGUAGCGACACGACGCCGACGUGCGGCUUCACCACCGCGAGCGCCACGCUCCGCCGGCAGCGGCUGCGCCUCUUCGAUGUGGGCGGCGGCGCCGGCAUCCGAGCCAUUUGGGACAAUUACUAUGCAGAGGCGCACGCCGCAAUCUUUGUGGUGGACGCGUCGGACGUGGAGCGGCUCGAGGAGGCGCGUGGGCUGCUGCACGCGGCGUGCGCCCACGCCAAUCUCGCCGGCAAGCCCCUCCUCAUCGUGGGCAACAAGUCGGACCUGCCGCACGCCGCCGGGACGGACGAGCUCGCCGCUGCGCUUGGCGCUCACGCGCUGGCGGCGGGUCCGCGCGGGGUGUGCCGCACGUCCGCGCUGUCGGACGCGGUUGCGGCGCGGGAGAGGGGCGGCAGCGACGACAGCCUCGCGAGCUCGCUCGACUGGCUGGCGACGACCGUGCAGCAGGACUUUGGAUCGCUGGCAGCGGAGGCGAAGGCGGCUGUGCCUCGCUCCACUUCCGAGAGGGCAGCCAGCGUCGUGAGCAUCUCGGGCGAACGCUAUACCAGCGUGUGGCAGCGAGCGCGCUCCGAGGCUUUUAGAGUGCGCUUCUCUUCGGACGCACUGUGCUGGCUGCCACGAUAUCUCAUAUCUGGGUGGACCUUCUAA